AUGAAGACGACGUGGAAGGAUAUCGCCCCUGUGCCGACGUCGCAGGAGUUCCUGGACAUUGUCCUGAGCAGGACUCAGAGGAGACUGCCCACCCAGAUCAGAGCCGGUUUCAAGAUUUCGAGAAUCAGAGCUUUCUACAUGCGCAAGAUCAAGUUCACCUGCGAAACCUUUGCCGAAAAGAUCCAAGCCGUCCUCGACGGAUUUCCUCGUCUCGCCGACAUCCACCCUUUCCACAAGGAUCUGCUCAACACCCUCUACGAUGCUGACCACUUCCGCAUCGCUCUCGGUCAGCUGUCGACCGCAAAGCACUUGAUCGAGACAGUCGCCCGCGAUUAUGUCCGUCUCGUCAAGUACGGUCAGUCGCUCUUCCAGUGCAAGCAGCUCAAGCGCGCCGCCCUUGGUCGCAUGGCCACCAUCUGCAAGCGUCUCAAGGACCCGCUCCUCUACCUCGAGCAGGUUCGCCAGCAUUUGGGCCGUCUUCCCGCCAUCGACCCCAACACCCGCACUCUCCUCAUCUGCGGUUACCCUAACGUUGGAAAGUCGAGUUUCCUCAAGAACAUCUCCCGCGCCGAUGUCGAUGUCCAGCCCUACGCCUUCACAACAAAGAGUUUGUUCGUUGGUCACUUUGAUUACAAGAUGCUGCGAUUCCAGGCUAUCGACACCCCCGGUAUUCUGGACCACCCUCUGGAAGAGAUGAACACAAUUGAAAUGCAGUCUAUUACUGCUAUUGCCCACUUGCGCUCCGCCAUCCUCUACUUCAUGGAUCUGUCCGAGCAGUGUGGUUACUCAGUUCAGGCCCAGAUGCAGCUUUUCCAGUCCAUCAAGCCCCUCUUCGCCAACAAGCUCGUCUUCGUUGUCAUCAACAAGAUCGACGCCAUGCGCCCCGAGGACCUCGACCCGGAGACCCAGCAAGCUCUCGCCGACCUCUGCAAGUCAGACAACGUUGAAAUGCUCCAGCUCUCUUGCACAACCACCGAGGGCCUCAUGAAUGUCCGUAACGCCGCUUGCGACCGUCUCCUGGCCGAGCGCAACGCACAGAAGCUCAAGGCUGGUACCAACGCCUCUGGUGAGGUUACUGGCCGUCUCAAUGACGUUCUCCGCCGUAUCCACGUUGCCCAACCCAUGGGUGGUGUCGUUCGCGAGACUUUCGUUCCCGACGUUGUCAAGACCAGAGUCAAGUACGACAAGGCCGACCCCAACCGUAUCACCCUCAUGCGCGACAUCGAAGAGGAGAACGGUGGUGCUGGCGUCUUCAACAUCAACCUCAAGGAGAAGUGGAUGCUCGAGAACCCCGACUGGCGCGAAGACAAGAUGCCCGAAUUCCUCGACGGAAAGAACGUCUACGACUUCGUCGACCCCGAGAUCGAGACCAAGCUCGCCGCUUUGGAAGAGGAGGAAGCCCGUCUCGAGGCAGAGGGCUACUACGACAAAUCAGAGGACGAGGUCGAGGAGGUCGAAGAUGCAGACAUCCGCUACAAGGCCGAGCUCAUUCGUGAGAAGCGUCAACUCAUCCGCAACGAAGCCAAGCAACGCAAGUCGCUCAAGAACCGCGCCGUCAUCCCUCGCAGCAAGAAGGCCGUUCAGCUCGAGAAGAUGGAGAGAGGUCUCGAGGCCCUCGGUCACGACUCCACAUCCAUUUCCGAGCGUGCUCGCGCUCGUUCGCAAUCCCGUCCUCGUGGUCGUGCAGAGGCUGUCGAAGACGCCGACAUGAUGGAUGUCGACGGCGGCGACGCACCCGCCAAGCACCGUAACAGCAUCUCCCGCGCCAUGUCUCGCACUCGUAGUGUUAGUCGCAUGAACAGACGUGAGGACGGUGUCACCAAUGAGGUUGCCCGCAGCAAGGCCGAGCGUCUGCACAAGCUGGGCCAACAGAAGAUGAACCGCAACGCCAGACAGGGAGAGGGUGAUCGUCACACAACCGCCUCGCUGGCCAAGUGGCUCACCGCUGGUAAGCGUGGUAACGGCAGCACCAGAAGCAGGUAG